CUUUUUGUGUUGAUGUUGUAUUGGAAACUCUUGCGCUGCUGUUGAGGAGGAUACGGUAAGGAUAGGACGGGUUUGCUGGAUCAAGGGAAGAGUCAACAGAUGGAAUUAAAGGAAUUUUUACAGACAUGCAGGUAUUUUAAACUUGAAUGGCAUUGGCUGCAGGACAGACUCACUCAGUUCAAUUCUUCAGCUCUAACACACCUGACAGAGUUUAAUAUAUUUCACAUGAACGUCUCAAGAGAAGGAGAACUGUCUUCAUGAGAACGCCUCUUAUUUUCCCACUCCUGUGUGUGGGAGUGAUGGCUUUCGGCAGCAUAUGUUCUGCAGUACAGACUCAAACCUGCAGAACGAGUGCUGGGCUUACAGCAGAACAAUGCACUGAUAUGGACGGUCCUACGCAGAGCUUCCUGACCUGUGCUGGCGUCCCAUCAGAGCCUGACGCAGACCACAUCCUGAACCUGAAGGGACUCAUCAGCGCUGCUCUGGACGUCUACUCAUUCAUGCGCUCCAGUGCGUCCGGAGUUCCGGUCUUGGAUCUGUCGGGAGGUGUCAGUUUGAACGAGGAUCACGUGAUCAGAGCGUGGCUGGACAUCAAACUCACUCCUCUGCUGUCGUCCGUCUCCAGAAACUUCCUCACAUGUCUCAGCAACAGAAACUUCAGCUGCAGCGCCUACCAGACUGUUGUCAAGGAGUUGAGUCAGCAUUUCUCCGGUCUGGAUCCAGUGAGACAGAAGUGGAUCUAUUCUUUCUUCAUGUACCCGUUUCUCUCCAGAAACACAUCCUCAGGUUGUGUGGAUCCAGAGGACAGCACUGAAGACUGGCUGAUGAAGAACUUCGGCUCGUUCGCUGUCGUGGCUCAAGUGCGAGACUUCACGUCCAUAAACAUGCUCUUCAGCGGGUUGGAGGUUUUGCACCUCUUGAGUCCAGAACAGAAGGCAGAGCUUCUCCUUCAUCCGGAGGUGGUGGGCUUGACUAACAGCUCCCUCGACCUGGUGUUUCAGAGUUUGUUGUCCUCUCUGAUGCCCUCUGAGGAUCCAUGGACUUCAAAUAACAGCACACAGUAUUAUAUGAGCACUCUUCCAUCCUCUUCACCGCAAGACCCCCUCGGACAGGCACUGAAUGGUUUCAUGACGGCUUUUAGGCCUGUCGGGAGUUUUGUGAGAGAAUUUGUGUCCUUGACACAGCAGCAAAACUUGAGCGGCAUGCGGAGCGCCACACUUUUGCAGGCCGUGAUAAACCUGACGCUCGCCGAGAUCGCUGCUCCUUUCAAGCAGAAUCCCACCCAAGAGCAGCAGGUGGUUUCUUUUGACCCCAUGAACAUUAAUGACUGGUUCACGCAUGUGGUUUCUCCCAUACUCCGGCGGUUCCUUCCUGACAACCAGAUAGAAAUCCACCCCAACCUCACGGCUGUCUUCCAUAACCAGUUCUACAUCGAGACAGGGAUGGGACCUGGAGCCCAGAAUGAAAGUCAGGACAUCUGCAGCGUCUUUAUUGAUAAUAGAACAUGUGGGCUCACUGACUUGGUGGAACAUGUGGCCACUGUCCUGCACUGUGCAACUCGAUCAAACCUCACGCUCAAUGAGGAGACGCUCUUGAAUGUUCUCCUGCAUCUCUCCCAGAACCUCAACGCUCUACUGCAGCAGCUCUCCAUGACUAACUUCAGUUCCCAGAGUUCCCCCUUCAACGACAUUUUGGACCAAAUCGUUGAUGACACCUUCACGAUGAGCAACCUGCAGGAUGAGUCGUUUGUUAGAUUGUGGUUCCAGGUCAAGUUAAAGCCUCUUCUCUCCACCCUGACUCCAGAAUAUCUCACGUGCCUCAGUCACAAAGAGUUCAGCUGCCAAACCUUCCAGAUACUUAUUUCAGAGCUCAGUGACAACAUGUUCCUGAUGUCAGAAGGAGCGGAGAAUGUUUAUAAGUAUUUCAUCUUCUCUUUCCUGAGCCGACAAAAUGUUUCAGGUGGCUGCCCUGCUGAGAACAGCAGGAUCUGGGUUAGUCUGAAUCUUGGUGAAUUUUCACAGUUUUCAACAUUGAGGGAAAUGUACCAGCUGAACCAAAACUUCAACGCUAUAGACGCACUGGUGGUUCUCUCCCCCACACAGACAGCUGAACUAAUAGUUGAGGAUUUUGCAGGUCUCCCAGAGAAAAACGUCAUCAUAAACAUGGUCUUUGAUCACAUCUUGGUUCCACCUGAAGACCGUGGUCUACUUGAGAUGCUUGGAUAUCUCAUUGUACUUGCUGGCGAGAUGGGUUUGGAGUGCUCAUCAUACCAACAGAUAGUUCAGAGGCUGCAGGAAUCUGCGGUUCCUCCACACAUGAUGCAGCCCAUCAAGGACAACAUCGAUCAGCUGGAACAGAUGGCACCUGCUGGCUGUUUUCCUCCACUUGUUACGUGUAUUUCGACACCACUCAAUGAAACCUCAGUUUGUAAUGGAAUCAGCAGUAAUGAGACUCUCCUGUCUGCUGGUCUCUUGAGCGCCCCCUGUAGUAUCGACCUGCAGCAGUACGCUUGCUCUUCGCUCACAGGCAUCACUGCUGGAAAACUGGCUGAACUUCUGAAGUGUCAACUAUCCAGCAGCAGCAGUUACUCCAAGGAGAUCUGGAAGUUGCUUUUCACCAAAACAAACAAUGUUCUCGAUGGAGCCCUCGUCAUCUUUUCCAGCACCGCAGCAAAUAUGUCUCAGCCAAUCAGAGGUGAUGUCAUGUCCCAAGUGCUGGAUGUGAUUGGGGAGCUGAGAUUGGAGCGCAUCAGUCCUGACCAAUGGAGUAACGUUACGUUCAUCAGCAUGUUGUUGGGUCAAUAUCUGAAGCCGUUUUUACCGUACGCAUCACCAUCCCUACUGCAGUGCGCUAGCAGCAAAAACCUCAGCUGCCAAACUUACCAGAACAUUCUGGCAGAGUUCCCACUUAUCAAUGAGACGCAAGGAAGAAGCCUGGUGGGAUUUUUCAUCUUGCCCUUCCUCAGUAGAAACUCAACAGAUGUGGGCUGUGUGUCGAGAGCUAACAACAACACUGACUGGCUGCUGAAGAACUUUGGCUUGUUCACUGAGUUUGUGACUCUUGAAGAUCUGCUCUCCAUCAACAGAUACUUUAAUCCUUUGGAGACCCUGGUCUAUCUGUCUCCAGCACAGAUGGUUGAUCUGAUGGUUGAAGAUCUACCUGGUCUUCCACAGAAGGAAGUUAUCAUCAGUGGAGUGUUUGAUCAUCUGCUCGUGUCUCCUGUGGAUCGAGGACUUCCUGGUGUUCUUGAAAACCUGCUCUCAUUCUCACAGACGACCGUAAUACAGUGCAGCUCCCUCACACUGAUUUUUGAGCGGCUGAUUGAGGCUCUACCUUUGCUGCCGUCAGAAUUGCAGACUCUGGUCUUCUACACAACUGGAGAACUCAAGCAGAAAGCAGGGAGAGGCUGCUCACUUCCUGAACCUCCAACAUGUCUGAUCACUCCCAUGAAUGCUACCAGAGUUUGUUCAGGAGUCAACAGUAAUGAGACUCUCCUGUCUGCUGGUCUCUUGAGCGCCCCCUGUAGUAUCGACCUGCAGCAGUACGCUUGCUCUUCGCUCACAGGCAUCACUGCUGGAAAACUGGCUGAACUUCUGAAGUGUCAACUAUCCAGCAGCAGCAGUUACUCCAAGGAGAUCUGGAAGUUGCUUUUCACCAAAACAAACAAUGUUCUCGAUGGAGCCCUCGUCAUCUUUUCCAGCACCGCAGCAAAUAUGUCUCAGCCAAUCAGAGGUGAUGUCAUGUCCCAAGUGCUGGAUGUGAUUGGGGAGCUGAGAUUGGAGCGCAUCAGUCCUGACCAAUGGAGUAACGUUACGUUCAUCAGCAUGUUGUUGGGUCAAUAUCUGAAGCCGUUUUUACCGUACGCAUCACCAUCCCUACUGCAGUGCGCUAGCAGCAAAAACCUCAGCUGCCAAACUUACCAGAACAUUCUGGCAGAGUUCCCACUUAUCAAUGAGACGCAAGGAAGAAGCCUGGUGGGAUUUUUCAUCUUGCCCUUCCUCAGUAGAAACUCAACAGAUGUGGGCUGUGUGUCGAGAGCUAACAACAACACUGACUGGCUGCUGAAGAACUUUGGCUUGUUCGCUGAGUUUGUGACUCUUGAAGAUCUGCUCUCCAUCAACAGAUACUUUAAUCCCUUGGAGACCCUGGUCUAUCUGUCUCCAGCACAGAUGGUUGAACUGAUGGUUGAAGAUCUACCUGGUCUUCCACAGAAGGAAGUUAUCAUCAGUGGAGUGUUUGAUCAUCUGCUCGUGUCUCCUGUGGAUCGAGGACUUCCUGGUGUUCUUGAAAACCUGCUCUCAUUCUCACAGACGACCGUAAUACAGUGCAGCUCCCUCACACUGAUUUUUGAGCGGCUGAUUGAGGCUCUACCUUUGCUGCCGUCAGAAUUGCAGACUCUGGUCUUCUACACAACUGGAGAACUCAAGCAGAAAGCAGGGAGAGGCUGCUCACUUCCUGAACCUCCAACAUGUCUGGGCACACCUGUGAAUGCUACCAGAGUUUGUUCAGGAGUCAACAGUAAUGAGACUCUCCUGUCUGCUGGUCUCUUGAGCGCCCCCUGUAGUAUCGACCUGCAGCAGUACGCUUGCUCUUCGCUCACAGGCAUCACUGCUGGAAAACUGGCUGAACUUCUGAAGUGUCAACUAUCCAGCAGCAGCAGUUACUCCAAGGAGAUCUGGAAGUUGCUUUUCACCAAAACAAACAAUGUUCUCGAUGGAGCCCUCGUCAUCUUUUCCAGCACCGCAGCAAAUAUGUCUCAGCCAAUCAGAGGUGAUGUCAUGUCCCAAGUGCUGGAUGUGAUUGGGGAGCUGAGAUUGGAGCGCAUCAGUCCUGACCAAUGGAGUAACGUUAUGUUCAUCAGCAUGUUGUUGGGUCAAUAUCUGAAGCCGUUUUUACCGUACGCAUCACCAUCCCUACUGCAGUGCGCUAGCAGCAAAAACCUCAGCUGCCAAACUUACCAGAACAUUCUGGCAGAGUUCCCACUUAUCAAUGAGACGCAAGGAAGAAGCCUGGUGGGAUUUUUCAUCUUGCCCUUCCUCAGUAGAAACUCAACAGAUGUGGGCUGUGUGUCGAGAGCUAACAACAACACUGACUGGCUGCUGAAGAACUUUGGCUUGUUCACUGAGUUUGUGACUCUUGAAGAUCUGCUCUCCAUCAACAGAUACUUUAAUCCUUUGGAGACCCUGGUCUAUCUGUCUCCAGCACAGAUGGUUGAACUGAUGGUUGAAGAUCUACCUGGUCUUCCACAGAAGGAAGUUAUCAUCAAUAAAGUGUUUGAUCAUUUGCUCGUGUCUCCUGUGGAUAGAGGACUUCCUAAAGUUCUUGAGCUCCUGUAUGUUUUCUCCACAACGAGUCCACUCAGCUGUCAAACCAACCAGAUAAUCUUCACACGACUUGACCACAUCUUGAGAUCAGCAGUGGGUGAUUUGGAGCCUGUCAUCUGGGCGAGCGUUUAUAACCUCAGCCUCACGGCGCCUACUGGUUGCUCUCUACUCCCAGUUGUGGAUGAGUGUCCUUUGACUCCAUACAACGAGACUCAAGUUUGCAGUGGAGUGGACAGUUCUGCAUUACAGCUCUUCCUGAACAAAGGAGAUGCUUCAAAGAGCCUUUGUGACUUCAGUAUCGCAGAAUACGCAUGUACCCCGGUGCUGAAUGUCAGUGUGGAGCAGCUGCUGUCUGUGCUGGACUGUCAUCUGUCUGCUGAUGUCAUCAGCUCACCCGGCAGCUGGAAGCUCCUCCUGACCAGAGUCUCAAACCUGCUGGACGGCGCCCUCAUCACGCUCUCCAAAAGGUCAGCGUGGUGGAGCAGCAGCUCCGGCUCCGUCGUUCUGGAUGUUCUGCGAGAACUACGACUGGACAGACUCACGGACGACGGCAGCGUCACGCUGUGGCUCGGCGAGCGUCUCCGACCGUUCCUGCCGUUCGCUUCGAAGACGUUCCUGCAGUGUCUGCGCAGCAAGAACUUCAGCUGUCAGAACUUCCAGACAGUGGUUGAGGCGUUCAAUGCAGGAUUUCUCCAUAUGAAUGACCUUCAGCGCCAAAUAACAGUGACAGACUUCAUCGUACCGUUCCUCUCGAGUCAACCCGCAGGUGCGGCGUGUGUGUCUGACGACAGCUCUCAGUGGCUCAUCCGUAACUUUGGCCAGUUUUCUGCUCUCGUCCCCCUGAAUCUGCUGAUCUCGCUCAACACACAGUUCAGCCCGCUGAGCAGCCUGCUCUCUCUCUCUCCAGAGCAGUUAGUUGCGCUGAUGUUUGAUGACAUUCCAGGUCUUCCAGAGAAAUCCGUCGUCAUCAAUGCCGUCUUCGAUCACCUGAUCGCAUAUCCACAGGAAUUGAGGAUCGAAUCCACGCUUAAAUACCUGGUUGAGUCGUCAAAGACGAGGAACAUCUCCUGUGCGUCGUAUCAGAUCAUUUUCCACCAUCUGGACCACCUGAUGGUCAGCGUGUCUGUGAAUCUGGAGACGGCGAUUCUGAGGAGCAAAUCGGCUCUGCUGCAGCAAGUCCCGUCGGGUUGUGAGAGCUCCAGCAGACAGUGUGGCGUGACUACAGUCAACGAAACGGCAGUGUGCAGGAGUGUCAACAGCUCUGGUCUCUCGGCGUAUCUCGCCUCGUCUCAUGACGGCAGUCGGCUCUGUCAGUUCAGCAUCACACAGUACGCUUGUGCCGAGCUGACAGUUCUGAGCGCGCAGGAUCUGGUGACGGUGUUGUUAUGCAGUCUCAGUCUGAACGAAGACAUGUCCAUUGAGACGUGGAAGCUCUUCACGCAGAAGGUCAACCCUGUGUUGGGUCCAGCGCUCGACCUGCUCGCCAACACGAGGCUGAAUAAGUCCCUCCCCUCGGUGUCAUUCUUGAAUAUGAUUGGUGAGGUCACUCUGAGCUCCUUCAGCUCCACCAACCUGAGAGAUGCUUUGUUCGUCCAGCGCUGGUUUGGCUCCAGGCUCCGCCCGUUUUUGCCGUACGCCUCCGAGGCGUUCCUGUCCUGUCUCUCCACCAGAGACUUCAGCUGUGACACCUUCAGGAUCGCUGUCCAGAGCUUCGGUCAGAGUUUUGACAUCAUGUCCAACGAUACUCAGGCUAACGUCUACGUUGACUUCAUCAAAGUCUUCCUCUCUCAGAACAUCACUGCAGGGUGUGUGGGCGUCUCUCAGAACAGCUCUGAUUGGCUGAUCAGCAGCUUUGGGCGAUUCUCUGUCUUCACAACAGUGACCGAACUGCAGAUGCUCAACCCCAGCUUCAGUGUGUUGGACACUCUGAGUCUGCUGAGCCUGAAACAGUUAGUGGAGGUUUCCAGCACUCCUGGAGUCCUGUCCAGCGCCGCCGCCGUCGAUUAUCUGCUGCUCAACGUGCCGGACGCACAGUUCACGACUUUCUUCACAUCUCUCUCAGAGUCGCUACAGAUGCAGGGCGUCGUUCUCCCUCCUCCAGUGCAGGGCGCGUUUCUGACGCAGGUGUUUGGCCGGGCCAAUCUGACCACGUUAUCAGAUAAUGAUCUGACGAUCUGGAUCCUGAACAUACUGCCUUCGUUCAUAACCAGCAUUUCAGUCCAGCACGUGACGACUUACUUCAGUGUCGUCCAGCAGCGGCCCUGUCCCAUCAGCCAGCAGGCGGUGCAGAUGCUGAGCUCGUCCAGCUCCACCUUCCAGCCUGCAACGCAAGAUCAGAUCUAUCAGCAGAUCCUCGGCUCUCUCACAGGCCCCACCCCGCUGCGCUGCUAUGGAAACCAGAGCUACUACGCUUUCCUGACGUCAUCCUUCCAGAGUUUCCAGUUCCCGAAUCUGACCACCUUCCUGUCCCUGAUGCCACCCGCCCGUGUGCCAGAGCUGAUGGAGUCGAUGUCUCCAGUGGAGGUCAGCAGUCUCCUGAACCGCCCGAACGCCGUGGACGAUGUUACCAAAAUCUGCCAGCUCUUCACAAACUACCCAAAGACACCCCAGUACUUACAGACGCAGCCGCUGGGGUCCGUGGCUUUGGGCCGGCAGGUGUUGUCCUGCGUCUGGCCUCAGGUUCUGAAGGUGGAGCUCCGGUCUGAGGUGGAUCAGUGGUUUGAUUCUCGACUCGUUCAGUACCUGCCGCUGCUCACCUCACAGUUCAUCGGUCCGGACGUCAUGCAAUAUUCCUCCUGUCUCUCCUUCAAGAAGUUUGUUUCAGUAAUGUCUAAAUACAACUUCAGCGCAGUAGAGUUUUCUCAGAGUGACGUCUACGAUACCAUCCUGGUCUACCUGAACACCUCUUCAGCUCCUAAAUGUUAUAACACCUCGAACCCCAAUCUCAACUCCACCGCCUGGUUCGUAGACUACAUCUCCGUCUUCUUGCGCUUCAUCACUCUGGACGACCUGCUUCUCUUUGGCUCGAUUCAGCCAUUCACGGUGAACCUGGAGAACCUGCAGCUCUUUAGCCAGAUCAGCGUUCCUGAUGACGUCAUGGACUUCUACGUGACUGCACUGUUCGAGCAGAAUCCGUCCUUCAGCGCCUACUAUCUGCCUGUGAAGUUCCGCUGCAUGGCUCCUGCGAGCUCCUUCAUUCAGUUGACUCCAGAGGAGUUGAAGAACGUCUCUUCCAGCAUCCAUCAGAACUGCACCAACAUCGCACCCGACGUGUCAGCGGCUCUGGCGAGCAGCGCAGAGGUUCUGACGGCGACCGAAAUUCAGGAUCUGGGUCAGUCGUGCACGGGUUUGAGCACGGGUCAGAUCAGCAGCACCGGAGGGAAUGUGCUGUUCAACUCGCUGUCUGUGCUCAGUCAAGUACAGGGCUGGAACCUCGAUCAGGCCAUGAUGAUCAUACAGACCCUGCUGUCAUCUGGAGUUUUCCAGAUUAAUAGUGCGAACAGUCUGGAGAAAUUGGGUUCAUUGAUCAUUGGUGUUGAAACAACAAUCAUCAAUGUAAUCUCAGGAAAUGUGUGGCUUCAGGCUGUGAGAUCUCAAUCGUUCUUGGCCAGUGUCACCGGCGCACCCAUUAUUGUCCAACAGAACAUCGUCAGCCAGAUCAUUGCCGUGAACAGCUCGUCUGAUGGCGUCAUCACAAACGUUCCUGACCUGAUGGCGACGGAGAUCCCACGCAACUUCCUGCUGGGCAUGUCGUCCUCAUCCGUGCAGAUGGUCAAUCAGAAGAAAUGGAAACACGAGCAGGCCGUUUUGCUCUUUGAAACCGUCGCCGCGGAGUUCAGUGACCCAGACGCCAUGUCUUUCCAGGUGCUGCAGGGUUUCACCUGUUCACGAAUCCAGAGCUUCAGCACCAGUAAAGUCAUGAGUCUGAUCCGCGGCUGCCGGCAGCGAGUCAACCAGACGCUCGUCCUGCAGGAGUCUCAGCUGACCUGCAUGUACAGCUACAUCAAGAGCGCUGACCUGAACGCCUUCUCGCAGUAUCCUCCCGAAGUGCUCAUCUACUACAAUUACUCUAUGAUUGACAGAUCUCUGUGCCGCUCGUAUUUUGCGUCGCUGGGAAAGGCCGACUUCUCAGUGCUGUCCAGCACUCUUUCCUUCAAGAAACAAAUCCUGUUCAACAGCGCCAUGGAGUGUCUGGGAAUCUCCGGGUUCAACGUCACUCGGGAGCAGAUGGAUGUUCUGGGCAGCAUGUGCUGCUUCCUGAGCACCGACCACAUUCAGAACUCGGACCCGUACCUGCUGGAGAAGCUCAAACAGUGUCCGGAUCUAUCGGCUCAGCAGAUCUCUGCGGUCGAGAGCGUCCUACUCAGAGGAAACACGGUCUACGGAUCUUCAAACAGCUGGAACAGAACCACUCUGGAGAACCUGGAGAUCCUUCCGCUGUACGUCACCGCCAACAUAUGGAGCAAAUUCAAACAGGAAAUCAAGCAGAGGUUUCUCAAGACGUUUAUCCGUGACCUGAGGAGGAAUGACAAGGCUUCAGAGAUGCAGAUCCUCAACAUGAUGAACGAGGUCAACAAAAUCUCACGAGUCAGAAUCAAGAGAUCCGCUGAAACGAAGUGUACUGAAGCAGAAAUAACGCAGGUUCAGGUUUACAGCGACAUGUUUCCGUUUGCCUACGACGUGCCGCAGUUUAACGCCUGUUUGAUCGUCCAAACGCUGAAGGACAACCUGGAGGCCAUCACUGACCGAGUCUACGACAGGAGCUACCAGCGGAUCGUACUGGACAAACUCUACCAGGCAUAUCCUGACGGACUGCCUGACGAGGUGCUGCAGGUUUUAGGCUCCACCUCCCGCGCGGCCACACCUGGUGAUGUCAGAAAGUGGAACGUGAAGAAGAUCGACACGCUCGCGUCCCUGAUGAACACACGCAAUGGAGACUGGGACGCCGAAAUGGUCCAGCUGCUGGUCAGUAAGUAUCUCAGUGUGAGUGGAAACACUCUCGGCACUAACGAGCUGAACGCGCUGGGAGGAACGAACCUGUGUGCGCUGACCGCGAGUGUGCUGAGCAACAUCACGGCCGCCAGCUUGGAGCGAGCUUCUGCUCUCUCUUUGACCAACUGCAGCUCAGAGAAGAAGUCGAUUCUGUUCAGUAUCGCUCUGAACGCAUUCAGCACAAAAAACACACGCAGUACAAACACCGUCAGCAUCCCGACGUACCAGCUGCUGCAGAACUACCUCGGUGGUGCUGAUUCGACAUUUAUUCGUAAAGUUGUGAACUCCGCUGUGAAUAUGGACGUGCCGACCUUCAUAAGUCUGCAGCAGAGCGUCAUCAACGUGCUGAACGUGACUGACGUGAAGAGUCUGCUGGGGGUGAAUGUAGGAGAUCUGAAGACGUAUGAAAGCACAGCACAGAUACAGGAGUGGAUCAGGCUUCAGCCGCAGUCGGAUCUCAACACGCUGCAGAUCGGCCUGACGGGCGGCAGGAACGCCACUGAGACCACCGCGACCACCGCAACCACCGCGGCCACCGCGACCAGCGCCACUAAAGCCCCGUCAGUCGCCGCCACCACAGCCGCUGCAUCCAGAGUUUGGGCACCGGUCUGUCUGCAGCUGCUCCUAUUGGCUGUUACCAUGACAACACUGCAGCUGCUGCACUGAUGACAUCAUCAGCUGAAUGGCACACUGUGAUAAUCUCUCUCUGUCUCUGUCUAGUAUUUAAAAGAGUUUCUGCACUUUCGCCUGUAAUGCACUUUCACUUUUCAUGAAGUGUCAUGAAUUGUUUCUGUGUGGAAUUGAUGAAUAAAUCACAUUUGAUUCAAACUGAUCAGUGACACACAUUUAACAGGAUCUGGUCAGUCAUUUACUGCUAAUGUUUCAGAGAGAAAGAAACAUAAAUAAAGGUUGCUGUGGUCACAUCUGAUUCACUCACAUCAACACUGUUAAAAUUUAACCCAAAUACAGUUAGUUAAAAUAAAUGAAAACUGUCUCAAUGAAUGAUAUUUAAAAAAUAAUAAUAAUAAUAGAAAAUGAACUUUUGUGAAUGUAAACUCUUGUAAACCUUGUAAAGAGUGAACCUAUCAACACACAACCUCAGGUUACUCCUCAAGAACUGAAGCUGUAAUGUGGAAAAACUUAUGGAUAAAAGCAUAUAUGAUAGAUGAUCGAUGUCUUGGUUGUCAUUUUCACACAUUUCCUUAUAUGUUCAAAUAAAAAUAUAUAUAUAUUUGUUCUCUUUAA